UCGGUUUCCAGUCCAGUCUUCCCCUAGGCACUCGACAGGCCGGUACCUGUUUCUCGAAGCGACACGCACUCUGUCUGUCGUUCUCGCAGCACACUCGUCAAACACACGACAUUCAUACAUACAUACAACAUACAUACAUAUAUAUAUAUAUAUGUAUAUACACACAUACAUGCACACAUACGCAGAUACAUUCGUGGACACGGUUCUUCUGCACGUAUGAGUCUACACACACAUAAAACAAUUCGCCACGACGUACGGUGUAUCUGUAUAUAUGAUACAUAAAGAUAUACUCAUACGGAGAGAAAAAUAUAACAUACAUAAUAUAAAACGAGGAAACGUACGCGGGCGCACACGUAGAAAAUACAAACCGCGCAGAGGCACCCACAUGUCUACUCACACUGUGUACACGCGUACGCGAGAGACCGUGCCGCACACACGCAACGAGUGGUUAUCGCCUUCAUCUUUGUCGUUUUUGUCGUCAUCGUCACUACCGACUUCGUUUUCAACUUGUUCCUCAUCGUCGUCAUCGCAGUUCUGGUCGCUCCUCUACUCCUCUGUCGUCGCUUCGUCCCUCUAUAUCACACGGCACAGUUAUAGAAGGAAACGAACAAAACCAGGCGUGUUACAUCGUAAAAGAAACGAGGAAUAACUCACACACGAUCGGCUGACGAAGAAUUGCGUGGCAAACAGAGAUUAUGGCCCGUGAAGGGAGUUAAGCCUUGUGCCGGUUUCCUCCCUGCAAAAAAGAUUCGCUGCUUCAGGAAAUAUCAAUCAAGACUCGGCAACCUACGAUCUUGCAUGCGAAACCGUUGUUUAGGAAUUCAAUAAAUAGAGGUUCGAGAUUACUUGAAAUGUCAUCAUAGCCGACGGAAGUCAAGGAUAUUCGACCACUGGUGUCUGACACCAUUUCUGAGAAACGAAGAAUUCCGUUGGUUAUUGUGAUCGGUGGGAAAUCGAUCAGGCGAAACUUGGACAACUCGCGAUAUCGUCAAUGACUUGGUCGUUCCAUCUUGAAUCAUAGGAGAAAAAGAACGAGGCCUAAAACCAGUGCCCUUCCAUUACCAUGUGAAAAUCUGGUAACCGGUUCACGCUAACCUGGCAUCGUGCUAUCUAGUGGACGGCAAACUGUUAAUACGCAAGAGAAGUUACCAGUGGAAAGUUAGUCUGCUGCGUGUUGCGGAUCAUGAACCCUGUUUGAAAGGCGACGACAAACUUUAAAAGUGGGGUUCAUCGUACCACUUUUCGUGGGAGACAAGUCCUGAGCCUGUGGUAGUAGCCUAAAAACAGUGAUCUUCCUGUAGAUAUACAUAUAUAUACAUGAACGCCUAUUUUUGUUCUUCUUCAGCUCGAAAGCCGAGCCCAUUUUUUCCGGAACUGGUCAUGUUAGCGAAGCAAAGAGAUAAAUAGUAAAAAUUAUCGUAAUUCUAACGAAGAAGCAGAGAACACACUUGUUAACGAACGACAUCACCUGCACCGAGAGAGAUUAAAUAUUUCUAUAUAUAGAAAUCUAUAUAUGUAUAUAAAUACAUAUAUAUAUUUGUAUAUCUAUCUAUAUAUGUGUAUAUAUGCAUAUAUAUAAAUGGAAAGUAUACAUAUCUUAACGAUGUUGAUGAUUCAUAGUAUAUUUUGAUCAUACGGAGAGUAAGAUAGAAACAAAGAGUGUGAGUGAGAAAAAGACAGAGAGAGAGAGAGAAAUUAGCGAGAGAACGAGUAGGCAAAUCGACAGGAAUAAUAAUAAAAAAAGUUCGUAAUAUAUGUAAAAAGAUAAAAGUAGAUAUUAAAUCGUAAAUAAUAAAACAAGGGAAAGAAAGAAGACGAAAAUCGAAUUGUUCGAGCCUGAUCGUCAUUUAUAAUUGCCUACAUGCCUGCCGCAUUCUAUCGACGUGACAGAAGCAUGUACGACUGUGACAUGAUUCCUGAUCGUCAGAUUUCUACGUUAGUGUCGCACAGAGAACGUCCGCUAUGUUCGGACAGAAGUCUCCGUGCUGUUGCCAGAGUCGGACAAGCUGUGAAUCUGGCAGUAGAGAGGUUCGUCACUGUUGGCGAAACCAUCGCGGAUGGAAAUCCAGAGAUCAGGGAGGACAUGUACCAGGCGUGCAAGAGAGCAAGAGAUGCUGGCUCGGCGAUCGAAAAAUUAUGCGAGUGCGCCACAGAGGACAGUUUAGCUGACCGAGGGUCUGUUGUCAGAGCUGCAAGAUGCCUUCUUGGUUCUGUGACCAAGGUCCUCCUUCUGGCUGACAUCGUCGUGGUCAAACAACUUCUUCUUGCAAAGAAGAAAGUGGCUCGUAGUCUUGGCCGUCUCGAAAGUGUUUCAAACUUUACCGAAUUUGUGAAGGCGUUUAGCCAGUUCGGGGCGGAGAUGGUGGAAUUAGCACACUUAACAGGUGAUCGUCAAAAUGACUUGAAAGACGAGAGACGAAGGGCACAGAUGGCUGCGGCUCGCCAAGUUUUGGAGAGAAGCACUAUGAUGUUGCUCACGUCUAGUAAAACUUGCUUAAGGCAUCCGGAAUGUCCAUCUGCCAGAGAAAACAGAGACACCGUUUUCUGCCAGAUGCGAAGAGCUAUGGACUUGAUACACUACGUGGUCAAAGACGGAGUAUUAGAUUGCAGUGAAUCGCAGUCUUAUUCCAAUUCCCAGAGUCCGCAGCAGGAGGAUUGGGAUAGUAGCACGGCAUUCUCUGCGUUGAAACACUUCGAGAGACUCGUUGAAACCACAAGAAUGACUCUCCUAGGACCAGGUUGUCGAGAGACUCUCACCGCCGCGUUAGAUACCGUUAUUGAGAGAACGCAGGAUUUCACUGAUAGCGCAUAUACGAGCCACGAGCACAGAGAAAACAUCCUUUUGCUUUGCGAUCGAGCGCAACUCGAACUCAACACGCUCCUGCGAAUCGGCAACAGUAUGAAUUACGAAGGUGGCAGUGGUUCUCCAAGUUCUGAAAUGGAGCAAGCUGUCUUGGGAGUAUUACGUACCACCAGGGAUCUUCGCCAGCAGCUAUGCACGACCACGAUGGAACAAGCGGCCGAUCUUGGACAGGUAACUAAAGCGGGUCAGGAACUUGUUUCAACGAUCAGGAACGUCGCUUUGGCCAAUGACAGAUAUCUUCUUCAAGAAAGCAACGAAAAAUUUCGCGAGUACAUUGAACACAUUCUCGAAGUGUGCAAAAUGCUGAGACACGUUGCGCUCUCGGAAUCGUUGCAAGUUUCAGCCAAGUUUACCGAAAUUAACCUGAGAAUAUACGGUCCCCAAGUGGUGACAGCGGCAUAUACUUUAGCGAGACAUCCUACCAGUAAAAUCGCUAAGGAAAACCUAGAAGUGUUUGCCGACAUGUGGCAAUGGCUUAUGACUGACGUGACCACCGUGGCGAAAGACGUACUCGAAUUGAAUCAAAACCGACCUGAAAAACAAGUUUAUAUGUCCUUACCACGACCUGGAAAACACGGUACAACGAGCAAACCACUGAAACCGGUAAAAUUGGACAGCGAGGAGCAGGCUAAGAUCGCAAAGGCAGGUCUGGAGAUGAAGCUGAUCACUUCGGAAAUGGAUGCGGAAACAGAGAAAUGGCAGGAAAGUGGAAGCGCCCUAGAAGAGAACAACGACAUCGUGAAACGCGCGAAGAACAUGUCCUCGAUGGCAUUCUCGAUGUACCAAUUCACCAGAGGUGAAGGGGCGUUGAAAACCACCCAAGAUCUAUUCACCCAAGCUGAGUAUUUCGCCGAGGAGGCGAACAGAUUGUACAAGGUUGUGAGACAAUUCAGCUAUCAGGUACCAGGGGGACCGCACAAGAAAGAACUCUUGGAAAAUCUUGAUCGUGUGCCAACGUAUGUGCAGCAGCUUCAAUUCACCGUGAAGAAUCCCACCGUUGGAAAAGCCGCCACCUUUACCAAAGUCGAUAACGUAAUACAAGAGACAAAAAAUUUAAUGAACGUGAUUUCGAAAGUGGUGACCACGUGUUUCGUCUGCGCCACAAAGCACAAUGUCACGAUGCCGCAGUACAUGGAGCUCAGUCCGACGAUACCUGGCCUAGCUGAAGAGGAUUGCUUGUAUCCAGUUAGUCCGCAAUUGUUACCAUCCACCAGUCCCUACGUACAACCUUAUCCGUUAACUUCGGCCCAGUUACACAACAUUCUAAGAGGUGCGAAUCUGGGCUUUCCACUCUUCAACUACAACACCCUGCCAAAUACCACUUCCACCAGUACUGCUACACGCAAUUCCGCAUCCUUCGUUCAUCCAUCGGUCCUUCCAUACUCGACACCCAUCACGACUUCCACUUGCGGGCCGCAGGCUCCGUAUUGCCUACAGAAUCUACAGCUGCUGCAGCUGCAGCUACAACAGGCACAGCUGCAGCACCUAAGACACGCCGCCACCUUGCCGAGAUAACACAGACUUUCGUUCGCACCCCGAAGGUCGCACGUGUUCUUCACGCACAGCUACAGAAGCGCUGUUCUUUCUGUUGUACACAGUACAACCUGGAUUUCCGAGGUCUGUCGGCGCGUGGGGCCGGCGGCUCGCCGUACAGGGGCGGAGAGGGUGCAGGCGCCGAUGGCGACGGUGGUGGUGCUGGUGUCGACGGC